UGUUGUAGCGGGCCCGCUUUCCGGCGGGUGCGCGGGUCGCGCGCUGCCGCUGCAGGCGGUCAGCGACCCCUGCCCUGCUCCUCUUUGCGGCCCCGGCUUCGGAGCUCGCUUGCAUCUCCUUCUUAGCGAGAGAGCGGGGCCAGGCGCUGCACUGGCCUGACCAUGAAGUGACCUUGGUCGAAUCACCUGUGCGCGAGCCUAUCAGAGCCCCUUCUCUGAAGCAAUUGAGGACCCAGACCCCCUUCCCCCCAGAGCGGCCCCACAGGCUUGCACAGUGGCCGGGGGAGCGUCGGGCCGCUGGGGGCGGGGGCAGGCCGGCCGAGGGAGAUGCCCUUGCACGUGAAAUGGCCGUUCCCGGCGGUGCCGCGGCUCACCUGGACCCUGGCCAGCAGUGUCGUCAUGGGCCUGGUGGGCACCUACAGCUGCUUCUGGACUAAGUACAUGAACCACCUCACCGUGCACAACAAGGAGGUGCUGUACGAGCUCAUCGAGAACAGAGGGCCUGCCACGCCCCUCAUCACUGUCUCCAAUCACCAGUCCUGCAUGGAUGACCCUCAUCUCUGGGGGAUCCUGAAACUCCAGCACAUCUGGAACCUGAAGCUGAUGCGUUGGACCCCUGCGGCUGCAGACAUCUGCUUCACUAAGGAGCUGCACUCUCGCUUCUUCAGCCUGGGCAAGUGUGUGCCUGUGUGCCGAGGCACAGUGGGAAGGGACGCCACCGAGUUGGCAGGAGGCAAUUGUCGCGGACGAAAGAAGCAAACUCGGAUGUGUGGCAGCACGGAAGCUGCUGCUGACCCCACAGGAGCCUUCCCAUGCGGAGAUGGCGUCUACCAGAAGGGGAUGGACUUUAUUUUGGAGAAGCUCAACCAUGGGGACUGGGUGCACAUCUUCCCAGAAGGGAAAGUGAACAUGAGCUCCGAGUUCCUGCGUUUCAAGUGGGGAAUCGGGCGGCUGAUUGCCGAGUGUCAUCUGAACCCCAUCAUCCUGCCACUGUGGCAUGUUGGUAUGAACGACGUCCUCCCUAACAGCCCACCCUACUUCCCCCGCUUCGGACAGGUCGUUUGGGCUGGGGCUACAGACACUCGGCCUGCUCCUUGUCGUCCACAGAAAAUCACCGUGCUGAUUGGGAAGCCCUUCAGCGCACUGCCUGUGCUUGAGCGGCUCAGGGCAGAGAACAAGUCAGCAGUGGAGAUGCGCAAAGCGCUCACCGACUUCAUUCAGGAGGAAUUCCAGCGCCUGAAGACCCAGGCGGAGCAGCUCCACAACCACCUCCAGCCUGGAAGAUAGGCCCUGCCUGUCCGGCCCCUGGUCCUGGAUUCCUCUCAGGCCUGAGGAGCAGCUGGGUCUCCCCAGUCUUGGGGAAGAGGCAGUAGGGGGACCCCUGCCCCAGUUCACUUGGCUCUCAGUGCUGCCUUUUGGAUUCUCACCCCGCGGCUGGAGAGGAUGAAUGGAUUGAAGCUUUUAGCUCAAUGUGGCUUUUAGGCAGAUUGGUUUGUAACCCUACCAGGUGCCCCUCUGGUUAAAGGAAGGGCCUCAGCUGCUCCUCCCACGUGGCUGAGAAGGGAGGAAGAGGCUUACGCAGGGGCCUCCUUCCUUCUUGUGUUCAGAUGUUCUCUUCCGGUGCUUGCAUCAGGACGGAGCACAGCAUGCCAGUGGACAAGUAGUUGUGUGGGGAGUGGGUGGCCCAUAAGGCCCCUCAGCCUAGCUCCUGUCCGCCCGCCCUGAACUGAUCCGGGAGCUGCUCACUACCUCUUCAGGGAUGGUUGUCAGACAUGUCUUCCUCCUGCCCGAGCUUCCCCCCCACCUGCAGGGCCUGGCCCUGGACAGGGCCCGGCCUCAGGUGGGCUGCAGGCAGAAAGAGCAGCCCUUUGCCAAAGGGAGCCUACAGCGAGGGCCUGACAUCUGUCCGCUCGUCUCCAUGCCAGGACCCAUGGCUUCUCCAUCCUUUCUGCCCCUUGGCAUCACUUGUGUCCUGGGGCCUGGGUUUCCACAUUUUUAAAACAAUAAAGCAACUGUAUUGUGCUGUGGUACCUAUGGCCUCUCUGUAAGGGACAGGGGAGGGAGGUGACCAGCUAGGCCUUAGAGCCCUGGACAUGGCGAGAGCUCUUGAGCAGAUGGCCAUUGAACUCUCACGGUGCGCUGGUUACUGAAAGUGUCAGUUGUUGUCUGUAGUCCCCAUCACAACCUUCCCUAAGUAGGCAUUAAUCUCAUUUCGAGAAGGGGACAAGCAAGGGUAAGAAACUUGCUUCAAAACCCAAAGAUAGAUAGGGGUAGGU